UUUUUUACUGUUUCAAAAAUUUUUUUAUUUAUUUUGGGGAAAUAAUAGUGAAAACCUCAUCGGAGAAGUUUUUGAUCUCGCCGGUCUUCGAGCAUUUCCGUUCAUCAUCGGUGUUCCAAUUUUGGCGCCACAUUUCGUGUUUGUUUAUCCUCGGUGGAUGAUGAAGCCGCGGUCGUGUUUCAGAUCUGUAGUUUUCAAAUCGGAGACGAAGCUCUGAUAAUCUAAAAGCUGAAUUUCGAAUUUUGGAUGUUGAAAUUGAGAUUCUAGGGAUUUUUGAUUAUUUGGCGAUCAUGGCGACGAGGAACCGUACGUUGUUGUUCAGGAAGUAUAGGAACUCUCUGAGGAGCGUUCGAGCUCCAUUAUCGUCAUCUUCAUUGACGGGAACACGAUCCGGCGUUGGUCCGGUUAUAGAGAUGGCGAGCACAUCAUUGUUGAAUCCGAAUCGCUCUUACGCUCCUGUUAGUACCACCGAAGAUCCUGGGAAUUCGAGUGCGAUAACAGUGGGAUUACCACCAGCUUGGGUUGAUGUAUCUGAGGAGAUCUCUGUUAAUAUACAGCGUGCGAGGACUAAAAUGGCUGAGCUGGGAAAGGCUCAUGCCAAAGCGUUAAUGCCGUCGUUUGGAGAUGGUAAAGAGGAUCAGCAUAAUAUUGAGUCUUUGACACAGGAGAUCACUUUUUUAUUGAAGAAAUCUGAGAAGCAACUUCAGAGGCUUUCUGCAGCAGGUCCUUCUGAAGAUUCUAAUGUUAGGAAAAACGUGCAGCGAUCUCUUGCCACUGAUCUCCAACUUCUUUCUAUGGAGCUCCGCAAAAAACAAUCGACUUAUUUGAAACGCUUGAGACAGCAAAAAGAGGAUGGAGUAGAUUUAGAGAUGAAUCUGAGCAGAAACAGAUAUAGACCUGAUGAAGAUGACUUUGGCGAUAUGUUAAACGAGAAUCAGAUGUCCAAGAUUAAAAAGAGCGAGGAAGUAUCGGUAGAGAGGGAGAAAGAGAUACAACAGGUUGUAGAAUCAGUCAAUGAUCUUGCUCAAAUCAUGAAGGAUCUUUCUACACUUGUGAUAGAUCAGGGUACAAUUGUUGAUCGGAUAGACUAUAAUAUUGAAAACGUCGGUACUACUGUUGAAGAUGGCCUCAAACAACUGCAGAAGGCAGAGCGAACGCAGAGACAUGGAGGGAUGGUGAAGUGCGCGUCUGUGCUCGUCAUCCUCUGUUUCAUCAUGCUACUACUCUUAAUCCUUAAGGAAAUAUUCGUGUGAUCGGAACAACGUCUCUUUCACAGAAAAGUUAAGUUCCAUGGACCAUCAUCCCUGGUUAGAUCAAUAAGAAAAGUUAACUCCGUAAUUCUUUCAUUCUUUAAACCCGAACAUCGCGUAUUUUUUUCUUCCGAUUAUUUCUAUAUCGGUAAUGAAAACAGUUCAGAAGAUGUUAUUAAGAAAAAGAAGAGUGUAUGUUCUGCCUUCAUGGCUUUGGUUUCGACUUCUUUUGCAGAGUAGUGAGUACGCAAACACUAUUGUGUAGUGUAGAUGAAGACCAUAGGUAGUCAAGAAGUCAAUAUCUGAGGAGUUACAGAGAUCUGUGCACCACCAAUGCCAAUAUGUUCUCUUGACGCUAAAGUCAAAGUGUUCUUUUUAAAUAAAUAUGUUUAAAAUCCCAGUCACAUUAUAGUUGCACAUCUCUAUAUAUUUUUGUUGUCUUUA